ACGCCUAAUCGAUUAGAAUUGAAAAAAUUCUGUCCCUAUUGUUACAAACAUACGAUUCAUGGGGAGAUAAAAAAAUAGAGCGAACCAAGUACCUGUGCCUUACCCUUUCAAGGAAGGGGAAAAAAUGACAUUAUAUAUAACAUAUUUAAAUAGAAACUAAACAAAUCCUAUUUUUCUAAAAUCCUAUUUUAUUUUGGGUGGAUUUAAAAUGAAUUAGAAUUAAGAAAUAGGAUUUUAGGGAUAAGGAAUAAAUUAAACAAACAAACCAUGGAUAAAUCCAAGCGAUCUUUUCGUAGGAGUUUGCCCCCGAUUCAAUCGGGGGAUCGAAUUGAUUAUAGAAACAUGAGUUUAAUUAGUCGAUUUAUUAGUGAACAAGGAAAAAUAUUAUCAAGACGCGUGAAUAGAUUGACCUUGAAACAACAACGAUUAAUUACUCUUGCUAUAAAACAAGCCCGUAUUUUAUCUUUGUUACCUUUUCUCAAUAAUGAGAAACAAUUUGAAAGAACCGAGUCGACCGCUAGAACUACUGGUUUUAAAGCCCGAAAUAAAUAGGCUUACUUUUUCUUUACUUGAAUCAUAAUUACUCAAAUCUAGAUUCACUCAAAUCUAGAUUUGAGUAUCGUGUCGUAAGAAACAAAUGAAUCGGAAAAAACGAAAUCUGUUUUUAUUGAAUUGAACGUGUUCAUUCAUUUUGACUACUUUAGCAUAUUUUCUCAUACUAAUUUCUAACUCGUCCGGUAGAAGAAACCUCCAUUUAUUCUCAGGAGAGCCUGGGGAGUUUUUAAAGCCUCCGGUAAAGCCUCCGGUAAAGACUCCGGUAAAGACUCCGGUAAAGACUCCGGGUUGAUUUUGUUCAAAAUCAUAUAAAGACAAUUCCUAUUUGAUAUAGAUAUUUGUGCAAGUAUUUUACGGUUAAGAAGCAACCGUCUAUUGUACAGAUUGUGUAUUAAUUUACUAUAACUAUGGGAGACUCCCCCUUUGCGAAUUGCUGCGUUUAUCCGAGUGAUCCACAAACGACGAAAAUCUCUCUUUUUCCUACCCCUAUCCCGAUCAGCCGAAACUAAAGCUCUUAUUUUCUGUUGAGUAAUAGUUCUAGUAAGCCUUGAAUGAGCCCCUCGAAAGCUUGAUGCAAAUAAACGAAUUUUUGUUCUACGUCUCCGAGCUAUAUAUCCCCGUUUAAUUCUGGUCAUUGAAUAAAUGAAACUUUGACGAAUAACUAAUUGAUUACCUUUCUUUCAGUUAUUCUUUUCCCCCUUCCUAGUCUAUUAAUAACAAAACGGAUUUUUCCAAUGUAUAAAAUAAAAAUUCCAAUGGCUUUGGCUACUCUAACCUUCCCGACCACGAUUUUGUUAUUUUUUUUUUUUUUAGGUAUUUCACUGCGAAAUAAGAAAGAAAUAAGAAAUUGUAUUUUCCUAGGUAUCAAAAAUAUAGUAAAUAAAAGAAAU